GGUGGGUGAGAGGUGCUCGUGGCUUGUGUAAAGCACAAGUCCAUUCUCUCAUUUUCUGUACUCGUUGGUUCGCCAUAUUCUCAAUCUCUCACUGUCUGAAUUCUUGAUCAGAUCACUGUUUCUUCUCUACUCUACAAAUCCUAACCCCCCUAAAAAAAAACCCAAGAUGAAGGAGUAGGAGAAGAAGCUUCAAAGUCCCUAGAACCCAGGUUGAGAUUUGGUGGUUAAUGUGUUAGAGAGAGAGAGAGAUAGAGAUAGAGAGAGAGAGAGAGAUGGAUCAAAGGAAGACAGACGAGAAUUUGAAGGCGGAUAUAGCACCUUCAUCGACCUCUCAGCCUCACAAUCGCUGCCAAAAUACGCAACACGAUUCCAGACAAAGGGCUGAUGUUGAAAUGAAGGACCCAAUUGCAGCGAGAAAGGUUCAGAAGGCUGACCGUGAAAAGCUGAGGAGAGAUCGGUUGAAUGAGCAAUUUCUUGAGCUGGGGAACACAUUAGAUCCAGAUAGGCCGAAGAAUGACAAGGCAACCAUCCUUACAGACACAGUCCAAGAGCUGAAGGAUUUAACUGCUGAAGUCAGCAGACUUAAAGCUGAGUGUGCAGCACUUACUGAAGAAGCUCGUGAGCUAACACAGGAAAAGAAUGAGCUCAGAGAAGAGAAGGCAUCAUUAAAAUCUGACAUUGAGAGUUUGAAUGUUCAGCAUCAGCAAAGACUCAGGGUUAUGUUCCCAUGGGCUGCCAUCGAUCCUUCUGUUGUAAUGGGUCCGCCUUAUUCAUAUCCAGUUCCUGUACCUGUCGCUCCAGGCCCAAUUCCUAUGCAUGCAUCUCUGCAGCCGUUUCCCUUAUUUGGGAAUCAGAAUUGUGGUACCAUUCCUAAUCCCUGUUCGACUUUCAUCCCUUAUCCAACUCCUCCCAACCCUCCAAUGGAGCCUCCAUCAGCACAACAUGCUUCCACUUCCCAGAUUUCAAGCAAACAAGAAUCCCAAAGUAAGUCCCUAGAUCAUCACAGGACCAGGACCAGCAAUGUUGAAAGAUCUGAUGAUUCUAAUGAUGUCGCAACAGAACUUGAAUUGAAGAUGCCUGGAUCAUCAGCAAAACAGGAUCUAUCUUCCGGAGGAAGGAAAGGCAAGCAAUCACAGAGGAAGGAAAGAAGUGUUACUGAAAAUAGUUCUUCAUGUAGGUAUUCUUCAUCUCUAGGUCUUCAAGAUAGCUCCUCCAACAAUGCGAGUGACAUGCCGAAGUCCAAAAACUGAGAACUUUUAUGGUUGUCUGAAUCCAUCUCCAUCGACCUUACUGAACUGCAAAGCUCUCAAAGAUGUCUCGACUAUGAUACCCUGAUUGUAUCGUCCAAUUCGACUUUCAUAUCCCGAUAUCGUCUCCUCCAAUAGCCAUCUCCAAUUCGAAAGCAAGAGAUAUUCUUUUGGUGGUUAGGAAUCUCAAAGAAAGUUGUGGAGUAGAUGAAAUAUUGUUGUGAUUUAUAUGUAGGAUGUCCCUAGCAUUUUGGUAACUUGUAAAUGGGCUAAUUGGCACUUUUAGUUUUAGUAAUAUUAUCCAGACUAAUGUUAUAUACAA